GAAUUGCCUACAUCUGCAACUGCGUUGAAAAAUGUUUAAUCAGGCAUCCUGUGCUGAGAUCUGAGAUUUUGAAGAAACUGCCCAGCAUUGCGAUGCCUGUCAGCCACCAUUCUGACGCUUUUCUGAUACCUUUCUGACUGCGAGGGCCUCGGACUGCUCGCGACAGGCCAAUUGAACGAGCUCGUGAGCGCCAGGAAGACGAACUUCAGGUAUGAUAGAAAUCCGACGAGGAAAUAUAUAAUGGGAGCCUCUGCUCCUUCGUAAGUAAGUAUCAAGUUCAAUACUUAAUCAGAGGUUCUGCACCUUCUCAAGACCACCCGUUUAUAGCUCCAACUCGAAAUCAUGGGCCUGUUCCAUAACAAUGACGAUUCUACCAGCAAUCACACUUGUCCCAAUGUCAGUGUUACAGAUCCCGGUAUGACACAAAAGCCCGCAGUUUGCCCCCCCACCACUAAUCGUUGCCAUACAGCUCAAGUCCCCUUCGUAGGCAAUUUGAGCUUCCAUCACUUCAUCGUCAUUGUCUCAGGCGCGUGUAUGGCAUUUUCAGGUCUGGUGUCCUUCUACUUGAUCUUCCGACAUGCCACACAUUACUCCCUCCCGAAAGAACAAAGACAGGUUAUUCGAAUCAUCUUCGUGAUACCUGUUUUUGCAGUCGUUUCCUUCCUAUCAGUUGCUUUCAAUGACGCAGCCGUCUACCUGAAGCCUAUCGAAGACCUAUACGAAGCAUUCGCGCUUGCAGGCUUCUUUCUCUUACUCUGUGCCUUUGUGCAAGAAAGCGACGAGGAACGGCAAAGAUUCAUCGCAAUAUCAGGUACCACAAAGCAAUAUCUAGGGGCAACUAUCGGAGCUUUUCAAUUUCCAGUCAUUAUGCUUGUGGUCCUUGUUGUCACCGAAAUCACGGAGGCUAUGGGUACAUAUUGUGCCACUUCUAGUAAACUAUACUUCGCACACAUCUGGCUUACAGUCAUCACCCUUCUUAGCACCACGGUGGCUAUUAUGUCCAUAAUCAGAUUCUACAAAGCCCUCAAACCAACCAUCUCACAGAGGAAACCUCUUCCAAAGCUCAUCGCAUUUAAGGGAAUUGUUUUCCUUAACUUUAUACAAAAUGCAAUCUUCUCAUUUCUAACUUCCUCGAAUGACCUCAAGCCAACCACGAAACUCACUUUCGAAGACCUCUCCGUCGGAAUCCCAAACCUAAUCCUCGGUCUCGAAAUGGUCAUAUUUGCCCUCCUGUUCCUGUACAUCUACAGAACGAAAGAAUACUACUUUAAACAUGGGGCUGCAGCAGUCCCUCUAGGGCAUGGGGGCUACCAAGGAGGAUUCCUAGGAAUCAGAGCCUACGGACAAGCGUUGAAUAUUAUCGAUAUACUUGGAGGGAUUAUCAGUGUCCCUCGAGUCUUUGCUGAGAGGAAGAAUUCGGGCACAGGUACUCAGAAGGGAUGGACUACAAGCGCACAGGAGACAGUAUGAAAAUAUUGAAAUAACACCUGAGUAUCAUUCAGAACAAGCUCAGCCCCUUCAGAGUCAUCUGCCGGAUCAAGGGUACGACACUCCUCACGCAUAUUUGCCAUACAAUGCACCCCAGGGGUAUCAUCACUAGGCGGUGGUUUGGCGAGAUACAAGCAGUGAUUUUCGGCGCUGGGAGAAAGCAUGUCGUGGUUAUGGGCUUGCUAUUCGUGUUAGAUUAUUUUGGGUUUCAAUAGUAUUAGUUCACGUUAAAGCAUGAUGAAUGUGCA